CUUUGUCAGCGUUUUUUUUUCUUCUCGCUCGUUUUACCGUUUGAAUCUCGGAGGAGUUGCAAACUCAGCAUUUUCCACGUGCGUCUUGUUUUUUUUAACAAAUUUCUUCAAAAUAAAGCGCAGCUUUGAGUCUGAUAUGUCCGACCUCGAUUGGGACGAUCCAAACUAUGUUGAAGGUCCCGUAAAGCCCCGAGAUCAUGCUGCGAUGAAUGAGAAGUACGAGAGAAGCGUGCGUCGUGACGCUGAGCCGCGUAGAUAUCAAGAUGGAGGAAGGAGAGAUGACUACGGGAGCGAAAAACGUAAUAACCGGGACAAUUCCUACGGAAAGGGCAGUCGUGAUGAUUACGGCGGACGUGGGGCACGUCGUGGCAGCUUCGAGUUAAGCGACUUCAGUGAGACGCUCUCUAUUGCCGCCGAAAUGAUUGGAAAGGUUAUCGGAAGGGCCGGCGAGAACAUCAAACGCCUACAGAAUGAUUUCAAUGUCCGUGUCAAGGUGGACAGGGGCGACCAAAUGGUUAAAAUCUACGGAAGUAUCCAGAGGAACGUUAGCGAUGCAAUGAAUGCUGUACGAAAACAAGUCUCCGAUUCCGGAAAAGGUCGUGAUCGGGAUCCUGAUGAUGGCGGGUCUAGACGCCCCUAUGGUGGAAGCAAUUAUGAUUUUGCACCUCCACCCACGGCGGAAACACCCCAAUCGGGUGAUCUUACGGGCACCAUUGACUGGGAUGCUCUGAACAAAGCUUCGGAAAAAGCUGCUGCAGCUCGUUGGGCAAAGUGUCCUCCUCUAACAAAGGACUUUUACGAGGAAUCACCCGAAGUGGCUGAUUUAAGCGCAUCCGAGGCUGAAAAGAUACGGAAGGAGAACAACGGGACUACGGUGUCGCAUGUUUUUGUGGCAAAAGAGGGGGAAACUUUGCCUCCUAUUCCCAAUCCAGUUUGGAAGUUUGAGCAAUGCUUCGCAAAGUACCCGGACCUACUGGGCGAGGUCAUGAAACAGGGUUUCUCCAAACCAUCGCCCAUUCAGUCCCAAGCGUGGCCCAUUCUCCUAAAAGGUCACGAUAUGAUUGGGAUAGCCCAAACGGGUACUGGCAAGACUUUGGCUUUCCUGCUACCCGGAAUGAUACACACGGAGUAUCAAAGUAUUCCAAGGGGCAAGAGGGGUGGCCCUAACGUCCUUAUCCUGGCGCCUACUCGAGAGCUGGCCCUACAGAUCGAAAUGGAGGUCAAGAAAUACACGUUCCGUAACAUGAAAGCUGUGUGUGUUUAUGGUGGAGGCGAUCGCCGCAUGCAAAUCUCGGACGUGGAACGCGGCGCAGAGAUCAUCAUCUGCACUCCGGGACGGCUGAAUGACCUGGUGCAGGCGAAUGUGAUCGAUGUUAGCAGCAUCACGUACUUGGUGCUGGACGAAGCCGAUCGUAUGCUGGAUAUGGGCUUUGAGCCCCAGAUCCGAAAGGUACUGCUGGACAUCCGUCCGGAUCGGCAGACAAUCAUGACCUCGGCAACAUGGCCACCUGGUGUGCGUCGGCUUGCCCAGAGCUACAUGAAGAACCCGAUCCAGGUGUGUGUGGGUUCUCUGGACUUGGCGGCCACUCAUUCGGUGAAGCAAAUAAUUCAACAUCUCGAGGACGACGCUGAGAAGUUCCGCACCAUCAAGUCCUUCGUGCAGAAUAUGACUAAAACGGACAAAAUAAUCAUAUUCUGCGGGCGGAAGGCUCGUGCCGACGACUUGUCCAGUGAUCUGACAUUGGAUGGCUUUAACACCCAGUGCAUUCAUGGAAACCGGGACCAGAGCGAUCGUGAGCAAGCCAUUGCCGACAUUAAGUCUGGUGUUGUGCGCAUUCUCGUUGCCACCGAUGUGGCUUCGCGAGGCUUGGACAUUGAGGACAUCUCGCACGUCAUUAACUAUGACUUUCCGCGUAAUAUUGAGGAGUAUGUGCAUCGUGUGGGCCGAACUGGACGCGCCGGACGCAAAGGUACCUCCAUUAGCUUUAUUACCCGCGAAGACUGGGGUAUGGCCAAGGAACUCAUCGAUAUCCUGACGGAGGCAGAGCAAGAGGUUCCUGAAGAGCUUCACAAUAUGGCUAAGCGCUUCCAGGCCAUGAAGGACCGACGAGCUGCCGAGGGACAGGCCUUCGGAGGAGGUGGCGGCGGUCGUUCCGGCGGGGGAGGCGGUCGUUCUGGCGGAGGUCGCUUUGGAGGAAACAGAGGAGGAGGCGGACGCGACUUUGGCCGUUUCCAGCACUAAUUUAAUACCAACACAUUUUUUGCCAUUUUUCUAGUGUAAGCGACUUCAGCACAUUGAAGUGCCUUGUAAUUGUUUAAGAAACAAUGGGGUAGGAUACCCACAAAAAAUAAUUUUCAACUAACACAU